AUGGAAAGUAGCAGUGAAAGAUUUCAUGAGAUUAUCCCAUCCUCUUCCGAUAAUGUCGUCAGUACUCAACAAACUUCAACUAUAUAUGCCCGAGCAAAGCAUGCCUUUAAAGGACGAAACAACGAUGAGCUUUCAUUUCGAAAAGGUGAUGUUAUCACCGUUACACAGCAAUUGGAAGGUGGUUGGUGGGAAGGAACGCUACAUUCUUAUACUGGAUGGUUCCCGGCGAAUUACGUCAAUAUAAUAUCCGAAUCUGAAAGAUUUUUGCCAUCUCGAAAUAAUGGUUCUCCUAUGUUAAAUGGUGAUGGUCUGUCAUCCGGUCCAACAAAAGAAACGCCUCUCUUUUCGAGUGACACAAGUCGACAAGCUUAUCGGAAACAGGUAAUGAAAGAUUUCCUGGAGGCGGAAUUGAAUUACGUUGAUAGCGUCACAAAAUUUAGUGACAAUACAUUAAUCAAAGUUAAAGAUUCUAAAAAGAUUUCUGAAAAGGAUUUUCAAGUUCUUGCUGGAAAUCUACAGCUUUUGAUUACUCAUCAGCGUGAAUUAUUAAGUGAUAUCAAAGAAGCUGCUGAAAAGGAUCCAACCAAUGCUCGAAUUGGUGGUUUACUGUUAAAAGCAGCACCAAAUUUACGACAUCUUCUCAGGCUUUAUUGCGAAAAUCAUCCAAAGGCAGUGGAUCUCAUCCUUAGAAAUAAAGAUCUUUAUGAGCAAUUACUAAAUGAAAUAGAUUGUCCCUUGAAAGAUUUAAUAUCUGGAUUGAGUCGUCCGUUCCGACAUCUGGAAACAUAUCCGAGUAUGUUAAAUGAACUGGAACGUGGCAUGCACGAAGCACAUCCCGAUCGAGGUGACACACAGAGAGCUGCUGCUGUCUUUCGUGAUAUUGCUAAUUACUGUGGAGCUUUACGGAAACAGAAAGAGAUGCAGUUGGAAUUACUUGCCUCUGGUUCCAUUGAUGGUUUGCCAUCCGAAGAACUGAAAAAACUCGGAGAAAUUUUGUAUAUGAGUAUUGUUGCUGUGGAUGACAUAAAAGCUUCUACUGAAGAAGGCUUGUCUUGUGACAGAUGUGUAAUAUUGUUUCCAACAACAUUGCUUAUUCUCGAGAUCACCUCAAAUGUAAACUCAUAUAUAAUGAAGAAGAAAAUUUCUCUUGAAAAGCUGUUUUUGAAAAAGGCAGAGAACAAAACAGCGCUGAUUCUUUACAAUGCUGAUGGUUCAUCAGAAAUAGCAAUGAACUUAUUGUCAAACGAUGAACUACAAAGAUGGAUUGAGGCCUUCUCAUGCUGUACAAAUCUAACAGUAACCGAUGAUUGUUGCGACCUUAUCUCUUCUUUUGGACCUCAGAAAAUCGAUAUAAGCGAUAUGCACAAUAUGGCUGAAAUAUCACCUCUUCGUAAAGCAGAAAUAUCACAGCUACCAGUAGCAAUUAAAGCCGAUAUUACUAAACGAAAUGCACUUCCACCAGGUUUACGAUUUGAUCAUAAGCUGGAAAUGGUGCUACCCGAGGGAAUUAAUGAAAACGAAAGCACGAAGGACCUACAUUCGAAGCGAACCAAAAUGUAUUCCGGAUAUUGCUUGCGACCAUUUCCAGCUGCUCGAGGCAAUUAUGCCGUUGAUUAUUCCAGGAAAACAAACAUCAAAUUACGAAAAGAAAUAUCACAAGGUGAUCAGGAAGAUGCAUUUCUGUUGCAUAUCGUAGAAGAUUAUAGUUCAGCAAUGUUACCAAUAAAACGUUCCGCUAAUGGAACGCAGUCUUCAUCUGUUCACGAAUAUGAUGCACCGCAGUUAAUUGUCGCUGAAAAUGAAAAAAUGUUUGUGGAAGAAAUGAUCGGUGAUCAAGUGGUUGUCAAGGAAAAAAGUCUUGUCGAUACAGUGUAUGCGCUAAGAGAUCAACUUAGCAAUGUACAAAAGGAAUUACUUCAAUUAAAUAAAACAGUUGAUCGAGAACAAAAAUCACGGCGUCGUCUAGAAGAAAUGGUAAGACGACUCUGUCAACAAUUGCAACAACAACAACAGCAACAUCAACAGAGGGGACAGAAAGCUUCAAAUUUAACUUCCAAAACACCGUUGUCAGCACGUGAUUAA